CGAGCCCACAGCCAACGGCCCACACGGUCUCUGCCACGGCCGGGAAGCCACGGCCGGCGGUAGCGGGGCGUCGCGACGCCGCCGCGGCCACGUCACCGUUUCCAAAGCCGGGGCCCCUACGUCACCGUUGUGACGUAGGUUGGCGGGACGCUUCCACCAACGGGAUUGAUCGGCGGUCCGCUGCCGAACGGUGACGUCACCAUGCGGCCGGUGACGUCAGCGCCGGAGCGCGAAAACCGCGGUUUUAUAAUGGACUGAUUGAGUGUGGCAGGGAUAUAGAGUGACGGCGUCCGUUGGAGAGGAUAGUCGCGUGCAACGCUCUCUCCCAGCUGGACCGACAUCGAGAUAACGCCGCACAUAACACACGUUAAACUCACACACACACACACACUCACACACACCAAAAAACACCCAGUGCAGUGACUCUCUUCAUGCUUCCUUCGCUCCACGGCGAAGAGGACGUUCCGUUCCGUUGUUCGUUCGUUCGCCCCACGUCGUCCGCGACGUCCGCAUCCGGUUCAGUGGUUUCGAUUUAGGGGACGCACCGCCGAGGCGUGUGGACAGUGAGACCGAAAGUUACCAAGUGCUUGUAUGUGAUGUACGCCGGUUCGCCACUGAUUCCAUUCGAUCUAUGAGGUUGUUGGCAAUCCUCGCAGUGGAUUCGUCGUCUUCGGAUAACCGGGAAGGCGCGCGCUCACCAAACUCCCCGGACCCAUUCCUCCGGGACUCGCCAGGUGACUUAAAUGUCGUUGAUGUUGAUGUACCGAGUUGCACAGACCGUUGUAGUUCCGUAGUUUAUCAGUCCGAUCAUCUCAUGUCGCAUUCGCCACCACCACCACCUUCACCACCAUCCAUCCAUUGAGUUUAUUUAUUAUUAUUAUUAUUAUUAUUGUUGUUGAUGUUGUUGAAUUUGCAUGAGGACUAAAAGACUAAGUACUAUUAGUGAUAUUUGCGAUGCAACCGUUACGAAAUGCGUUCCGGUCCUCAGACUGUCAGACAUCACUACAACCUUCCGCAACAGCAUUUUAGUGCCCCGCAGCCAAACACCACCGACUCCAACAACAAUUCUCCUGCUUAUAACUUGCAUCUUCAGAAUAAGUGUGCAAUAUUAGUACAGGGCGAUUUGUCCAGUACACCUUUGGUGGCGGCGAGCGCGCAGCCUUCCGCCCCCAGUAGUCCUCAAUCAAGUAUGCUUCUGCUCCAGACACAGACCUCGUUUGGCUCGAGCAGUUUCGCGGAUCUGCUGAAUGCACCGUUUUCGGACGACCCCAGCGGAGUAUUACCCCCUGAAGAUCUCGAUCCCUUCCCAGACGUCGCCCUUCACUCUCAACCCUCCUCCCCUGCGCCACUGCCCAGUUUCCAAGAGACCUACUCGGUCCGCUAUCAGACCCCCAGCUCCACGGCCACCUCUUCCUUCAAGAUGGACGAAGAGUGCUACAACGUGUCCUACCAUCACCCCCAUCACGUCGCCGCCCCGCAUCACUAUGACUAUCAACAGCUUCAGUACCCACCCGCAAGCCCGUAUUACCCACCCCCUCAGACUUGCAGCCCCAGCUUCGAAAGCUUAAUGUCACAAGAGCCGUACUCUUUGCCUUCCUAUCAAUCCACCACGUCAGAGCUUCACGUCAGCACCGCUUUAAGUCCCAGACAGAGGCGGGCUUCUUUACCGCUGCAACGAUCAGAGUCCACCAGCAGUAGCGAGAGCCCGAAGCUGAGACUCGCCGGACCUCCACCAUCAGCUUCAGCCUGUUCUUCAGCGGCCAGUUCACCGGGAGGCUCAGUCGACCAGCCCACUUCUUCCAAAGGUCCCACUCCACCAUCCCCAUCGCAACUGUGCGCUGUCUGCGGCGACACCGCAGCCUGCCAGCACUACGGAGUAAGAACUUGCGAAGGCUGCAAAGGGUUCUUCAAGAGGACCGUGCAGAAAGGCUCGAAGUACGUCUGUUUGGCGGACAAGGCCUGCCCCGUUGACAAGAGGCGAAGGAACAGGUGCCAGUUUUGCCGGUUUCAGAAAUGCCUGGCCGUCGGUAUGGUUAAGGAAGUGGUACGGACGGAUUCGUUGAAAGGUCGGCGGGGGCGGCUGCCAUCCAAGCCCAAGUCGCCCCAGGAAUCGCCGCCGAGCCCACCGGUUUCUCUCAUAACUGCUUUGGUCCGAGCCCACGUGGACACAACCCCUGAUCUCGCUAACUUAGAUUACUCCCAGUACUUGGAGCCCAGUCCUAUUGAGCCCGUCAUUUCCGAAGCUGAAAAGAUCCAGCAGUUUUACACACUCCUCACCACCUCGGUGGAUGUCAUCAAGAACUUUGCGGACAAAAUACCCGGGUUCCAGGAGAUUUGUCCGGAGGACCGGGAGCUUCUUUUCCAGUCUGCGUCUUUGGAGUUGUUCGUGCUGAGGCUCGCAUACAGGACGCACCCGAACGACACCAAGUUGACGUUCUGCAACGGGGUUGUGUUAGAUAUUCAGCAGUGCCAGAGGUCUUUUGGGGAUUGGCUGCAUUGCAUCAUGGAGUUCUGCACGGGAUUACACUCUAUGGAGAUCGACAUCUCUGCCUUCGCUUGUCUUUGUGCCCUCACCCUGAUUACUGAACGCCACGGUCUCAAGGAGCCGCACCGGGUGGAGCAGUUGCAGAUGAAGAUAAUAUCGUCGCUCAGAGACCACGUGACGUACAACGCUGAGGCACAACGCAAGGCCCACUAUUUCAGCCGAUUACUCGGAAAGUUACCAGAACUGCGAUCUCUGAGCGUCCAAGGGCUGCAGAGAAUAUUCUAUCUGAAGCUGGAGGACCUGGUGCCCGCCCCACCCUUGAUCGAGAAGAUGUUCGUAGCAAGUUUACCUUUCUAAACAACAAAUUGUUACUAUUUGCCCUAAAAACGUGAUAAAUUAUUCUAUGUGAUUUGUUAAUAGUUUGUAGGUACAUUUUAUCCUUAAAUUUUUCUUGUUUUCUAUGUAAAAAAAAGUAGUCGAAUGAUUUUAGUUUAUUUUUUGAGGAAUUUUAUAUAGGUACAGCUAAGUUUUUAUUUUUGUUUAACAAGGCAAUUCGGUUGGGUACCUAGCAAAAAAGGUAAAACAUAAUAAUAAUGCUAGAACAGCUCUCUUGAAAUCAUUUAGUGCAAUAUAUCUCUAUGAGUUAUCUAGAUUAGAUUUUGAUGGGUAAAUAUAUUUUCUAAAGUCGAUUUAUAUACCAGUGAUGGGCCACCCCUUGAAUCAAUCACGUGUUUUAACUGGUUUUACUUGGGGGGGCCACAUCAGUAAGGGUUUAAACAUUCCAAAUGUUAAGCGGCCUAAAAAUUACUUUAAUUUGUAACAAACAAGAUUCUUGUACUAUAAUCAAACUUUCCAGCUUUGCCGUUAUAAAACAAACCAAUUAAUUGAGGCAUUUACACCAGAAUCUUGAACAUUUAUAUGAAAUCUUGUCUAAGAUUAAUGGAACUAAGUAAAAUUAGCCAAUAUUUCAUUUAUAUUAAAUGAAAUGAAAGCAAGCGUCUCUAAAAUAUUCGGCUACUUUCAACCCGUAUUAUUUGACUUCUUGGUGAAGUUGAUAAUUUUGAUGUCGCACAGUUUAGAUGAUCGCACCACUUUUAACUAUAUGUGUAACCUUAUCGUUUGGACCUAUAAAUAAAGUCGUCAUUUUCUAACUUUAGAAUCGUACAAUCAAAUUACUUGAGAUUUUCAUGUUUAAAUUUUAAUUGUUGUCAAUUUGUUUGUGCAUGAUUAAAAUGUGAAAAUGGAUGACUUCUAGUUGUUAAGAAUUGUAUGCCUUCUCUUCAGUCUAUAUGUUAAUUACUACAAUUUCUUGAGUAGUAUAAAUAAGUGUCUUCACAUCUUCUCGUAUGUCUACUUAAAUGUGAGUAUAUUUUUUAGAGGUUUGCCUUCAAUUAUUUAACACAAAGAGUAAUCAAAGGCAAGUCUAACUUUGUUUUUGUAUAUUAAGUAAAAAAGCUAUUUAGCACAACUUUCUAGAUUAUAAGAUAAAAUAGCACAAUAUCCACAAGUUUUCUUUUGUGUGAUAUUUAGAUGUUUAUAAAAUGUUGAAGGAAAUUAUGGCAAAUAUUGUCAAAUAUUUCUUGUUGGUAAAAGCCUGAAGAUAAUACUCGAAAAACGUGCAGAAACUUAAGUUACAAUUUUACGUGAUAAUAUGUAGUUAAGGUUAAAGUUAUACAUUAAGCUUUUAAUAUUUUUUCAAUGUUACCACUACACAUCAAGUGUGGAAAUUACUAAUAUAUGCGAUAUAACUAGUCAAGGCACUGUAUAUAUUUAAAAGGAGAUAUUUUAUUUACAUUGUUUAAAAAUAAUAUAUUUUACUAGUAUUGUAAAUUUACCUGUCAAAAAGUUACCUAAAAAUAUAUAUAAAUAUAUUUAUUUUAUGUAUAUAAAGAAAUUCAAAAGUUUGUAAAAUCUUCUCAAUCAAUCAACUUUUAUUAAUUAAUUAAUUAAUUAAUUAAUUAAUUAGUUAAUUAAUUAACGACGUAUAAAGUUCUUUUUGAAUAAACUUAAAUUUUCCAAAUCAGAUUGAGCAGUUUUAAACUUGAUGUGCAACAACAACAACAACAACAAAUAUCAUAUAUUUUAAAGAUGUUUUAUUUUAUUGUUUAUUGUUUUUUAAUUUUGUACAAAUUAUAUAAAAAAAUAUCGUGCCAUUUUUCAUAUCUGAUCUUUAUAUAGUUUCAUAUCAACUACUGCCUUGAAUAAAGCAACGGAUGGACUGAAAAGUGAGUUACCUGAAGGAACGACAUGAAUUAUAUGAAAAUAGUUUUUUGGUGUUCUCUUGCACCUCUCUUAUACACCGUCCGCUCAAAGAAAAUAGCUUUUUUCCCAUAGUAAAGUCAGUAAAGUUGCAAAUCACCACCUUUCCGAUUGAUUGUAUUAAUUUGCAGCUAUUCUUGUAUUGUUUCAAAUGAUGCAAUAGAACCUGUCCACAGUCACGUAACGUUAUUCACCGGUAUUCAUUACUUAAGGGGCAUUAAAACUAGGAAUACCCAUUGUAACUUUACUGAAUCGCCGCCCGGUGAUUCCCAAACUACCCCCCGAACCAUGCGAGGGUGAGUUUCUGAAUCGCCGGCUGCCUAAGACAUCCCAUUGAUGUAACCGACAUUGAAUGUGCUUCUAAAAGGUAAAUCUAAAGUGUAUAUAAUUAUUUGGUAUUGUAGAAAAAUUGCUAUUUUUGUAGCAUAACGGUUCGGGAAUAACGGGGACCUUGCAAUAUUUGUCAACUUACAAAGUUUUACAUGUUUGUACCUGCUUUUUAGUUUUCUUUCCAAAAAAAAUAACUUUUAUACAUUUUACAAGGCGAUUUAUGAAUAGUCAAAAUUGAAAGUUCGUAUUCAGCGUCGUUUGAAGAGCUUAAUCUUUUACCCAUUCACAGUGUAGAAGCUGAAUAUAAAAUUUCAUUAUUUGCCAAUAGAUGUAAAUCUUCCUAAAUAACCAAUAUAAGUUUUUAUAUUGCUUAUACAAUAUUAGGACAGGUUUUACAAGCUUAAUGUAUCCUAUUAAUGUUAAUCAGGUGCAUUUCUGGUUUGUAAAACAAGCUCUUGGGGUGCGUGCACCCUCGGUUAAUCCACUCUAUUCAAAACAAUCGUACUUUAAGUUAACCUUGUGUACUUAACUUGUUAACUAUCAGAAACAUUUAUUAAAGAGAUAAACUUGCCAUUAAAUGCCAGUUUUUACUUGCUAUUAUAACUAGUUAUAGUUUUUUUAAGUUUAAAUUAUAUUAGAUUAUAGUUACCAUCUCUCUACUAAAUUCUAUUGAAUUUAUAGAUGUAUAAUCUCCAUGCUGUUAGUAAAUUGUAAUAGUAUCAGUGGAUAUCCUUUAUAUUAAUUUCAAUAUUACUGGAUGUAUUUCAAUGUGUCCUUAAUUUACAGAUUUUUGUUUACUUAUUUAUCUUUAUUAUUGCUUUUUACCUUUUUGUUAGUUAUGUAAAGAUAUAUUGUAACAAUUUUAUUUCAGUAAAUAAAACUUAUGACUUAA